AUGCAAACAUUUUCCAAAAUAAGCGUGCUCGCAUGUUCUAUGGCUGCCGGACAAGUCCUGGCCACUGUUACCCAGGGAAUCUCCGACAACAUCUACAAUCGUCUGGUUGAAAUGGCCACCAUAUCCCAGGCUGCCUACGCGAACUUGUGCAACAUUCCGGCGACCAUAACCACGGUGGAGAAGAUAUACAAUCCCCAGACAGAUAUCAACGGAUGGGUUCUCCGCGACGACAGUCGUCAAGAAAUUAUCACUGUCUUUCGCGGCACCGGCAGUGAUACGAACCUGCAGCUCGAUACCAACUACACUCUCGCGCCUUUCGAUACCCUUCCUGAAUGUGUCGGCUGUGAAGUGCAUGGCGGAUACUAUCUUGGAUGGGUCUCAGUCCAAGAUCAGGUUGAGUCCCUCGUUCAACAGCAAGCUAGCAAGUACCCGGAGUAUGCAUUGACGGUCACGGGCCAUAGUCUGGGCGCCUCAAUGGCAGCCAUAACUGCCGCCCAGCUGUCCGCCACAUACAAUCAGGUUAGCUUGUACACCUUCGGCGAGCCGCGGACCGGAAACCAAGCGUAUGCGUCGUACAUGAAUGAGGGGUUCGAAGCGGCGAGCCCUACGACAACCCGGUUCUUCCGAAUUACCCAUAGUAACGAUGGCAUCCCAAACCUGCCUCCAGCUGAGCAAGGCUAUGUUCAUUCCGGCGUUGAAUACUGGAGUGUUGACCCCGUUAGCCCUGAAAACACGAAUGUUUGCACUGGAGACGAGGUUCAGUGCUGCGAGGCUCAGGGCGGACAGGGAGUGAAUGAUGCUCACGUUACUUAUUUCGGAAUGAGUAGUGGUGCUUGCACCUGGUAA